CGGAAGUUGUUAUGUUUUGUGGCGAGACUUCCGUUUACUGAAGGCAACAGCACACGUGUGUGACGUCUCACUGAAGGCUUCAGAAGAUGUUUCUUACUUUUUCAAUGGACCAUAGCAGAGACUAUUUGGGCGAAUGCAUAUGUAAUAUGCCAAACAAGCGUUACGAUGUUUUUCUCGGUGGAAAGUAGUUUCUGGUUAUGUUAGCUAGCAGAUGUGGUGUGACAGCAGCUAACGUCAGUGGACAUGUGGAACAUGCCCAGACUUGUUUCCACGCGCACGGUUAAUGGACAGUUAGACUUAGUUGAGAUUCUGGCGCGUGUCACAAUAGGCUAAGGACGACUAAAAUGGACUAUCACUUCCCUCGGCAACUUUUCCCUUCGUUUUUCAAUCACGGGCCACCGGACUACGUUCUGAACCAUCGCGCUGGAGGCUGGGGCUGUUAUGACGGAGUCAUACCUCAGGAUGGCUCUGCUCCUCCCCCCAGCUGGAAGUUUACUUCCAGGCAUCAGGUGAGCGGGGAGACCUGGUGUCCCACCGAACCCGCACCCGUCCCGCUCCUGACUCCAAAGUCCGCUUUCCUUGGGCCUUUGAAACCACCAGAUCCACUGGACUUUGUAGAACAGAUGCAGAACUUCUUCACGGAUCACUACCUAGACGCCUUUGGGAGCAUGAGUGAGAUUCUGGGGGAACACUUUUUCUUCAGAUUUGGAAAGAAGAAGGAGGUUCAUCGCCGGCACUCGGUCAACAUGUGGCGGGUGAGAAACCACCUGGAUCUGCUGAAGCUCAACGUGUGCCAGAGCACCUACACCUCCCCGGUCAUGGACGGCUACUGCGGCCUGCUGUCCGGCGUGGUGCCGGACGUCCCGGUGGAGCUGCUGGGCUCCCUGCUGCACGGCGAGCUGGCGGAGCAGAGCGAGCGCGCCCGGCCCUGCCACGCCCCCGCCGGCGGCGCCCUGGCGUUCAUCCCCCGCCCGCAGGACGCCCAGCACGGGUGCCUCCUCUACGCCCAGGGCCGGGGGCUGGACCGCCUGUGUAUCCUGCUGACCGCACCACGCUCGAAAGACUCACAAGUCUGCAGCGUUUCCUCUAGGUCCUUAACGCAGGCGUCUCAGACUUCCCCCGGGUGGCGCUGCAGCAGCCCGGGGGGGGGGGGGGGCUCCGCCUGCCUGGAGGGCGGCCGCCGGCCCGUCAGCUUCCAGCUCACGGCCCCCGUCCGGCAAAUCAGCCACUCCUCGCUCGGCAGCGAGUGUUGCGUGGCCGUGCGCUCGGACCGCCUGUGCGGCGCCUGGAGGCUGAGCGGCGGGGGGCGGCCGCGUCUGCUGCAGGCACUGCGCAGCCGGGAGCUGGCCUCCUGCGUCUGCGUCAGCCCUCACGUCCUGGGGGAGGUCCUGGUGGCGAGCGAGAGCGGAGCGGCGAGCCUGUGGACGGUCGGAAAGGGCACGCAGAGAGUCCGGACGGAGCCCGGCAACCUGUACUUCAACGCCAAGUCGCCCUGGAGGUGGUGCGAGUUCUCGGCCCACCCGAGGGUCAUGCUGUACGCUGACCGGACGGGGGCGGAGCUCACGGACAUGAGGGCCAGUUCGUCCACUCCCCACACGCUGUUCUCCAUCAGCCGGACCUCCGAGUGCCAGAGGGGGGAGCGGCUGGUCCUGUGCAGAUAUCUGGGAGACGCGCACCCCUUCCACCACCUCAUCUUCACCCAGAUCACGCUGCUUCAGUACUCGGGGGGCAGACUGGAGGCCUGUGUGGGUCGAGGCCCUCCGCUGGCUCUUCUCAGACCCAAAGACAGUCUCCCACACCUCCCGGUCCAGAUCCCCCACCGGAGGGACCGGGCAGCCAGCAGACUGUCCGCCCCUGCUGCAGGUUUGACAUGUAUCCAGAGUAAGGCGGGACGAGGGUCCAGCCAGGAGGAGUCCAUCUGCGUCCUGCAGCUGACCGAAGCGGGAGACCUUUUCUACCAGCUCCUCCAGCGGCCGGACCUGGACCUGGAGCGGGACCUGGACCUGGACCUGGACCGGGACCAGGACCGGGACCGGCCCCGACCCGCUGCUGCAGCCAGCGAUGACCAGCCCGGACAGAGCCCGGAGGGGCCGGACGCCUGGAGCGACCAGGACGUGGUGGGCCCCACCCAGGCCGCCAGCGUCCAGGUCGUGGCCGAGACCCCGGAGAGGGAGCGGCCGGAGCAGGGGCCGGAUCUCCCUCCUCCCUCUCCAUGGGACCGCGACGACUCAGGGUCGGACGGCGUGCGCCGGCCAGAGGCGGCGGUGGAAGACGGGGGAGGGGCGGCCGGCGGGAUGGACGGCGGGAUGGACGGCGGGGUCCCCGGCGGCGAGGAGGCGGGCCGCCGCCGCCUCAGCAGAGGGGCGGCGGCCACCUGGAAGCUGUGGCUCCAGAUGCUGGCGCAGAGGAGCAGCCGGGGGGAGCCGCGCCCCCGCCGCUUCCCGCUCUUCAGGGUGGCGUCCCGGGGCCUGCUCAGCCCCCCCGACGGGGGCGGGGGGGCCGCGCCCGACGGCCAGAGGUGGGCCCGGCUGAGCUGGGGCCUGAAGUCCAGCAUGGCCCGCCGCUCGCUGCUGCUCCACAGCGCCGCCGCCGCCUGGCUGGAGCCCCCGGGCGCCCCCCCGCCGCCCCCCCACGUGCCCACGGACACCUGGAGCGACCCCCUCAGCCAGCGGCUCGCCCUGGCCUGGCAGGGGGAGGCGGCCUGGCGGGGGUGGUGGGAGGAGCGCCUGGGGCUGAACCGGCAGGCCCGGCUGGAGGCGCUGAGGAGGAAGAGGAGGAGGAGGAGGGAGGCGCGGCGGGCCGGCGGCGCGCUGUCGGCGCUCAGCGCCAGCUUCACCUCCGCCAGCUCCCAGUCCGAGCUGGACGACUUCUCCAGCUCGGCCGGCUGGUCCUCGGCGGCCAGCCGGAGGGCGUGGUCAGACACGGAGGGGGACUGGGACAGCCGGAGCGAAGCGGCCACGCCCUCCGCCACCCAGCCCAACUCUCCGGUCCGGACGCCGGCCGGCACGCCUCAGAGCGCCGGACACAGAGGAAGGGCCGGCAGCCUUCACCUGACCCAAACACAGACCCCCCAGGCCUCCACGGCCAGCCAGCGGGGGGCCAAACGCCACCUGGACGACUACUUCAGCUCCCUGUUGGCAUCCCAGGAGGAGCCCUCCCAGACUGACCUCCAGCUGCUGGAGAUGGGCAGUGACCCGGACGCGCCCGCUGAAGCCUCGUCCUCCCAGCUCCUCGCUUCGCCCUCCCUCUUCCCCAGGAGGCGCUCGGCGGCCCCCUCCCGGGCCCCCCCGUCCCAGAGCCUGUUCCCCUCCCAGAGCUCCCAGGCCCGGCCGGGGCCCUCCCAGAGCUCCCAGAGCUCCCAGCCCAGGAAGAAGUCUCGCAUGGGAUUCUAA